AUGGCUAAGAAAAUUUCAAAAAACUCCAGAGCUGCAAGACAAUAUGAUCUAACUGAUUUAGCUCCCAAAGAACUCCAGAAUCUUCCGAGAGCAGAAAAUACUGAUCUAACUAAUAUAAUGAUCAGAACAGCUGCAAAAAAUGAGUCUCUUUUAGAAGCAAAGAUAAGGAAGAAGAAGGACAGCAAGAACAAAGUGUCAAAGAAAGACUUUGAAAAGAAAAUUGCCAAAUCAGUCAAAAUCAUGGAGAAAGAGCGUCUAGAAAGGGCUUUGAAUAUCACAAAUCGUCUCGACGGUAAAAUUGCCAAAUCUAUUUCAAGAGCAAAGUAUGUGCAAAGUUCGAGAAAGGCUGGCUGGGAUAGUAUAAAUGCGUCAAUUAAAAAGGAAUUGCUGGUACAAGCUUUGGAAGCAGAAGAAGAGGAGAAGAAAAAUGAAGAAGCUGAAAAGGAAGGGGACAUUGAGGUUGAUGAAAUGUAUGACUCAGCUAAGAUAGAAACUACAACAGAAGUCAAACCCCAAUCUGUUGAGCCACAAAAUUUGUUUGCAUUGCUUCCGCUUGAUACAGACGAAUGA